GUGAAUAUUCACCUCACAACUUACACCUCACAAAAUCACAAUGAAGAUCAACCAGAAUACAGCCAUCUCAACAAGUAAAGCCUUGCUCGUUCCAUACGAGGCGCAUCAUGUGAAGCAAUACCACGCAUGGAUGCAAGAUCCUGAUAUCCAAGAAGCUACAGCUUCAGAGCCCAUGACUUUGGAUGAGGAAUAUGAGAACCAGCAGUCAUGGCGCACAUCGUCUGAUAAACUCACCUUUAUCGUCUGCGCACCGCUCACCGAAGAUGUAUCACUUGUGAAAGCCGGCACCGCGGAUGCAGACCCUCUUAUGCGAGGCGAUAUCAACUUCUUUCUAUACCCUUUUGAAUCCGACGAUGAAGACACAGAGACAAACACAGAAGGAUGGGUUACAGGUGAAGUAGACGUCAUGAUCGCAUCGCCCUCACAUCGCGGCCAAGGUUUAGGGCAAGCAGCAGUUUGUGCAUUGCUCGUCUAUAUCCAAAAGCACUUAGACGGAAUACUAGCAGAGUAUGGAGCAAAAGAACUGAAGGGCUUGAUGGUCAAGAUCAAGGAGGGGAAUAAAGGAAGUAGGGCUUUAUUUGAGAAGUUGGGAUUUGUGCAGAAGGGAGAGGUGAAUUAUUUUGGAGAGAUUCUCAUGACUAUUGAGUGGGAUGAGAUUCUGAGAAGAGAUUGGUGGAAGGGAGCUGGGGAGGAGUUUAGAGAGGUCAGGUAUGAGAUGGUUGAGUGAGGACAUCUGGAUGAGACAGUUAUAGGUAUAAGCAGCUAUUGAAGUGGCACAUCUCGGUCAUGCUUAUUUAGGUGCACCGGAUGAGUUUAUCCCACUAUCGUUUUCCGAA